AUGUACAUAGUGUCAAUCAGAGCGGCGAAAUCCAAAAAGGAACAUAAAAUUAUAAGUGCAGUAAUAGAGACGUAUAGAAAAUUGCCGUUUCUCUGGAAGAAGGAGCAUGAAGAGUAUUCGAAUAAAGCAGUAAGGGAAGAAGGAUACAAAGAGUUGCUUGAUAUUUAUCAAAAUUGGGAUGAGGAGAGUACUAUAACUACGCUAAAGAAAAAAAUUGAUAAUUUACGCUCGAAUUACUUAAAGGAACAUAAAAAGGUCGUAGCAUCAGAGCGAGCAGGAGGUAAAGUUCACGUGCCAUCUUUGUGGUAUUACAAUUUAUUAACUUUCCUGAACAACCAAAGGAGUUAUGAUAAUGAUGACGAGAAUGGUUUACAUUCACAGGACCCUUUAGAAGAUGACCAAUCAUCGGAUAACGAGGAAACUACCAUAAAAAUUGAACCGUACACUUUAAAAGUACAGCAAACAUCUGACGACGAAACAAUCGUAAAAAAUGAACCCAGUACUCUAAAAACUCGAAAAAGAAAACUAGGCAGACCACUAAUAGAAAGAUCACAUCCUCCAGAAUUGGCAAGAAGAUUCCUCCCUAAUUUUCAACGUAACGAAUCCUGGGAGGUCGCAUACGGGAAAUCAAUCGGGCAUCAAAUGAAGGAUCUAAAGGGAGAACAGUUGGUGAUCUGUCAGAAGCUCAUCUCCGAUGCUAUAUUUUUUGCCAAACUUAAUAAAUUGAAUGAAAAUUCACAAGUUAUGAAUCCAGAAACGGAAAUAUAUUGAACAUAGUUAUGUGGCAAAUGAUUAAUUG